AUGAAUUCACAGUCAGCAGAAGCCCUUAUUAAAGCAAUUCAGGCAGACAAUGACCGUGAAUUUGCCAAGCUUUGCCCAAGUGUCUUCCCAUUAUAUUCAUUUCCAACACAAUUUUACAAGCCAACAGAAGAAUUACUAAAAGAUCAGCCUCCAUUAGUUUCAAUCUGCGUCUACUAUGGAGCCAAAAAGUGCCUUGAAUAUUUGUCAUCAAAAGGCGCAGAUUUCACAGAUACAGACGAUUUCGGUCGUGAGCCAGUUCAUUUCCUCGGUUAUUCACCAAACAUUCCAUCAUUAAUCGAAUUCUUCUCACGCAAAGGCAUCAAUUUCAACUCAGUUGAUAACAGUGACAAGAACUUAUUAACAAAAGCUCUCGAAAUGACAGAUUCUGCACUUCUCAGACUUAUUUUACAGUACAAGAUCUGUUCAUACAAGUCCGACUCUCAAGGCCAUUCCCCAUUCUACAUCGCUGUUCAGUCAGGAAACUUAUCAUCCGUCCAAACUCUUUUCGAGUUGUACUAUGAACAGAUUCGUGGUGAAAUCAUGUCCAGUGAUGAUGUCAUCAACUGCGCUAUCAAGCACAAAUACACAGAUAUCGUUGUUUACCUGAUGAAUAAGCAAUCAGGUCGUGACUCGAAACAUCACAUUAACACGAGUAUUUUCCUAUCCAACCAAGAUCUCCUCAAAUACUUCAUUACAAUUGGCGAAGAUGUCAAUGAACCGGACGAAACCGGAUAUACUCCAUUAGUUUUUGCCAUACAACGUGAUCAGAUCAAGAUGGUCGACUAUUUACUGGAUCACGGAGCCAAUCCUCUCAUUGGCGGAAGCGAAAUGCCAUUCAAGACCGCAAUUGAUGUUUCAUCCGUCGAAGUCAUCAACAGAUUCAUCACAAACCUCAAAGAUAUCAAUGCUUUGGACCAGAAAGGCUACUCCAUGUUACAUUAUUCAGCAGAUCACACCCCAUACGAUGAACAAAUCUUCAUGAAACUUAUUCAAAGCGGUGCAAGUCUUUCAACAGAAGCAACUGAUGGAACAACACCUGCAGAGUUACUUGUAAGAGCAGGAGAUUCAAGAGCUAUUGCCGCUUUGAUUAAGAACGGAACACCAAUGUUUUCCGAUGGAUAUUCUAUAUUACAUUGUGCAGCAUCAUUUAACAACACAGAGAUAAUGAAAAUGGUUAUUGAUACGCACAAAGUUGAUGUUAAAAUGCCAUUUGGAGAUCAAACACCUCUUAUGGCAGCAGCAUCAGCCAAUCCAGAAUUUUCUUUCCCACUGGAAUCAGGUGAUGUUCCAUCUGUUUUGGAUGAUAUCAGUUGUUUAUUGGAUGUUGAUGUGUUUGAAGAGCAUUUCAAAGCAGCAAUCAUGCUAAUUAAUUAUGGCGCUGAUCCAACAGAUCCAAAUGUUCUUCAGAACGCAAUUCUUUCUGGUGAUCCUUUAGCUGUUUUCUUCUUGUUAGUUAUGGGUGCAAAUCCAGCAGGAUUAAUGAAUGGAAGAACUUUGAUUUCUGAGGCUUCUGAGAGAGGUUUGAGUGUUAUUGCAGCUAUUCUUAUUUUCUUCGGUGCUUCAGAUGAUGAAGUAGAAGUUCAUGAAGAAGAUAUUCCUCUGUUCCAACUCUUCUUCUCAAAUAACAAGAUUUUGCAGAUUUGUACUAAAUUCUCUCCUCCUGAAAUUUUGAGAUAUAUCGUAGAAAAAGGUGAAGGAAUCAUUGAUAUCGAUGAAGAAGAUGAUCACGGGAGAAGACCAGUACACCAAGCCAUAUUAAAUGGAAUGAUUACUAACUUAGAAAUCUUGUUCGAAUACGAAGCAAGUAGAACACCAAUUGACAUUUCACAUCCUAACUUAAUUUACUCUUUGGCUGCAACACAAGCGAUUUCUUUAGUCAAAACUAAGACAACACAAAUGAGAUAUGAAUACUUGACACGUGUUGUUGAAUUGUUGAUGGAAAGAGGUGAACAAAUCGAUGCAAAAGAUCAUAAUGGAAAAAGUCCACUUCAAAUUGCAUUUGAAUGCAGAAACAUGAGAAUGGUCGAAGUUUUAAUGAGACACAAUGCAGAUAGAAACUUCAGCCAAUCAACACAAUCAUUCUUCCAAUAUGUUUUAAGUCUUACUGACUUCACUUCUCGUGACAGAUUAGAUUUUACAAGAUAUAUCAAUACUGACUUCGAUAGACAGCCUGAUGAUGAUUUCGAAAUGAACGGAACAAAGAUCGAUAUCAGUAUGAUGGCACAUAUUGUUGUAUUGGCAAUUAAACUUGGAGAAAAGAUUGAUUCAUUGUUACCAAAUAAUGAAACAAUUCUCCACGUUUUCUGCAGAAACAACCUCAUUUCUUUGGUCGACUACUUAGUCCAGAAAGGAGCAAACAUCAAUGCAGAAGACAACAACAAACAAACACCAAUACAUCAUAUCGCAAUUACAGGAGAUUGCGACAACAUCGAGAGAUUGGAUAACAUCCAAAACGUUCACUACAACGAAGUGGACAAUUUCGGAAGAACUCCUUUCUCUUAUGCAUGCCAGCACUCAAAAGGUCCAUUCCUCGCUUUCUUGGUCGAACACGGUGCAUCUGUUAACCUCGUCGAUUACGAAGGUGUUCCUCCAAUCAAUUACGCAGUUAUUGAUGGAAACUUCGACAGUUUCAGAUUCCUACUUAGAAAUGAAGCUUCUCCAUUCGCUUCUGACAAGAACAGAGUUGCUCCAAUCCAUAUCGCUGCAGAAAAGGGUCUCAUGGAAAUUCUCUAUGACUUAGUUCGUAUUCCAGGACAAGUCAAACUGAGAGAUUCCAAAGGAAAUACUCCUCUACAUUAUGCAGUCAAAUACAACCAGUUGAAUGUCAUUAGGUUGUUGACACAAGACAGAACAACAAUCGUUGAAAUGAACAAUGACAAAGAAACUCCACUUACAAUGGCAUCAAAUCAGUCAAAUGCUGAUUUAGUUUCCUAUUUCUUCUCUUUGGGAGCGAAGUUCUCUCCUUCACAGUCAUUCAACGCUUUGAGAGGUCCUUUGUCGAGAAACGAAUACGAGUUCGCCAGACAAAUGCUCGAACACGGUUUACAUCCUUAUCUCAAGUCAGGAAAGAAUUCUUUGUUGACAUGGGCUGUUUUGAGAAAGGACAUAAAUACAAUCAAAUGGUUGAUAACAACAGCAAAGGUCAUGCAACCAGUAAAAGACCAAGAUUUCACUGCUUUUGCAUGCGCUUAUGUGUUGGAAUACGAUGAACUCUGCCAGUUCUUGAUGAAGAUUUAUCUAAACAACACAAACACAGCAAUAUUAGGCUCAUUCAUGCCAAACUUGCCACAAAGAAUUGCUGAAAUCAGAGGAAGAAGAUCAGUUGAAAUCCACGAAAGUUUGCUCAAAGAAGUCAUCAAUUUCGGACAAAGAUAUCUUCCUGCAGAACUCCGUAAGUUCAUCCAAGUUUCACACAGAUACACAAUGUACCAGUUCUUGAUGGCCGCAUUGGAACAGAUCGAUAUCCAGAGUCUUUUGACAGAAAACGAUCGACAGAAAUUCGAAUACGCUUUCUCAAAGAUAUCGAUACAACUCUUCCAGUUAAUGCUGCAGAAAGUCGAUGUCAACUCCAUAAAGAAGGCAAUUUGGGAGGGAUCAAUCGACGACAUGCACAACUGCUUGAGCGGAUUGGAUCUCUCUGUCACACAGAAGAUUUUAGGUCCACAAGCAACAGACGCAAUAAAGAACGCCUUGAACUCAAACGAUGUCAAUGUCAAGAAAGACGUUUUGACAAAACUCGCUGUUGAAAUGAUCAGAAUUUCAUAUCACAGGAACAAAGUUGAGAUGAUGCAGGCAGCUCUCGAAGCAGGUGCUUCUCCAAACAUAAGGAAUGAAGAAGGAUUUACAUUACUCCAUCAAGCAGUUCUUAAUGGAGAUGCCGAAAUGGUCAAACUCCUUCUCAAAUACGGCGCAAACCAGAACAAACUCAAUAAGUCAACAAUGAGAAUGCCAAUCGAUGACGCAGUAAGACUGAAGAACCCUGAGAUUGUACAGAUAUUGAUCGCGUACGGUGCUGAUAUGGCUCACUACGAUGAAAACGGAAACACAUUCAUCCACGAGGUCAUCCACACAGGACAGAACGAGUUGCUCAAGGCAAUCCUUCAGUGGGGUGUUUCCACACAGAUCAGGAACAGCGAAAACAAGACUUUGCUUCAUACAGCAAUCGAAACACAGAACGUCGAAGCUUGCAGAAUCUUGCUCGAUAACUACGCUUUGACUGAUGUCGCUGAUAACAACGGUAACACACCUGGUAAGUUGGCUAUGAACUCUCAGAACCCAGAUAUCACUAUGAUUCUCUUCAGCCGUGGCCAACGCGCAUAA